AUGACAGAUACAGACAUGCAGGCGAGUAGACGCAGCAGCCUUAAAGGGCGGAAGACGGCCGCCGCGACACGAGCGUCAACCGCCGCCGCGCCACCGUUGACUCCCAGCGGCAUUGAUUCUCGGUCAUACUCGGGCCUGCAGCGUGCCGCCCCUCCCGCGCCGCCCGCCCGCCGCGCCAUGAGGAAAACUGACACAGAUGAGAUGAAAGCGGCGAAAACUGACGAAACCCCCAUUCCUUUCUCUCUUGAACUUCAGUCACUCGUACUCCACCACACCUGCACCCACACCCACACCUUCACAACAUCAACACUCACCUUCCCAACACGCACCCACUUACCCGCACAACACCGCCUCAAGCCACACUCGCACCAUACUGCGAUGCACACCGCACUCAAGUCACACGCACCAACCUGCACCGACACCGUAUCAAUCCACACCCGACCCACACCUGCCCUAACGCGCACUCAUACCAAACCCGCACUUCCACACCGCUACCAUCCUGCACCACACCCGCCUCAAUCCACACGCCACACUCACCACCCGCACCAUCCACCUUUACUCCACCGCACCAACCCACCACUGCCGCCCAGCAUGGGCCAAGAGUAG